CCCCAAACAGUUGCGCCGUGGACGCACAUCUGGAGAGCAGCUUCGCUAAUUAGGUCAAAGCACAUCCAAGAGUAUAUUUUAUUGGCAGUUUGUUUGUUUGACCUGUUUUAUCCUCUCGGAAUCUUUGAGAGCGGACGAGUUCGGAACAGAGCUGCUCCAGCAGCUGGAUGAGCGCGGGGAAACAUCUGCAGAAGGUGGAGCGUCCCGGGAAUGAAGCCCGGCUCUCAUAGGACAUCGCGCAACCUGCGACAUUUGACCUUGAAUCGAAAUGACUUAAGAAGGACGACCAGAGAUGAGUCAACGAAACGCUGAGGAAUUACGCUCUUUUCCACCGAGGGGCUUACCUUCAUCUUCUACAUCUUCAUCUUCUCUGAAAAGACGCCUUGCGAGGCUGGCAAGGAAGUCCAGCGAUGGUUCUCUUCGGUCGAGUUGGUCUACCGGCAGCCCGUCCACCGGCCGGUCCGCUGAGGCCGCGGCUUUCAGACAGCCUUGUAAGAGCCGCAUCCGUCACCACACUAACCGCCUGUCGGGAGUCUUCCUUCGCGGCGCCGCCUCCGGCUCGCCGUCCACGGCCACGUCCGCCCAAAUCGGGAAAGGAAGCGCGAGUGUGACGGACGCCCGAGGCGUGGAUGACCCGUCCGAGCUGUCCAAUCAGCUCAGCGCUCCCGGAAUCUUGAAAAUCUUUGGAAGUGACAUCUGUAAAGGGGCUCACUAUAAGAGCGUCCUGGCCACGACGCAUUCCAGUGCGAAAGAGCUGGUCAAAGAGGCCCUCCAAAGGUACGGCCUUGGAAAGGCAGAGGCAAAUUCCUAUGUUCUGUGCGACACCAUCGGCUCCAUUAGUGAGCGUCGGUGGAAAACCGAAGGCUUCAGGGUUGUGGGCGACAACGAGAAGCCGCUCCUCCUGCAGUCGCUGUGGAAGCCGAGGGAGGGCCUGGCGAGACGCUUCGAAAUCCAGAGGCGAAGCCUGGUGGAAGAGCAGACGGCCCAAGAAAAAGACACCAUCACUGCUGGUAUCAACGCCCAGGCCCGUAAGCUGCAGAAGAGUCGCUCCAGAGUUAACUCCAGCCUCACAGAGAGAACAAUGAGUCGAAGCCAGAAACUCCGGAGGAGUAAAAGUGACAUCGACCUUAUUGAUGACGAGUCAGAGAGCAAAGACAAUCGGGAUCAAAGUUUGUCCCUGAGCGGAACAUUAGCGGAGAGCCAUAAGUGCCCAGAGGCGAGGGCAGAACCGAAUGACAUUGAACUUGUAGCACCCUCUAAGGGGGAUGGUAGGGCGCAGGCUAAAACAGAGACCCUCUGUCCGCCGAGGCCGAGAGGUGAGCGGGAAAGAGAGGAGUCGGAGAGGGAGGAGACCGAAAGUAGCGACGAUAACACCACGCAGUACUCCAUUCACCCGCCUCACGACUGUCCGUACCUGCUGCUACUACACGGCCGCAGCCUUGUGCAGGACUUGGUCAUCUACCUACUUGCGAGUCCAAGCAUUGUAAUAGGGCAACACAAUGACAACGGAGAUGUCUCGCAGGCGGACAUCGUCCUCCUCGCGGACGACGUACUUCCGAAACAUUGCAUUUUUCAUCGCACGAGUACUGGCAGACCGACCGCGCUGUGCCCUUUUCCCGACGCUGUCGUCACCCGGAACGGCAAUAUAUUAAAAGAGAAAGUAGAGCUUCGCCCCGGUGACGUCAUCGGACUAGGAAAAAGCUACCUGUUUCUGUUUAAAGAUCCCUCGAUUCGCAAGGAAGUAACCGGUAGCGCUCCGGAGCCCGGCUCGUCUACGCCGCCCAGCUUGUUCGGCCGCCCGACAUCCGCUCCGACGACAACCCGCACGAGAGAUGCGAUGCUCCGCGACACUCGCGGCGACCCGCCGAGCCCGACCUCCCGAAAGUGCCCGAAGCGAGCCCCCCCGUCUCUGAAAUCGCCGGAGGGCCACCGCCUGAGUUUGAACCACCGGGCCGAGGACGAGCAUCGCAUCGUCAAACAAAUCGUGGCAAUUGGGAGCGGCGACGCCGAAGACGGACCGUCGCCGAGUGUUGCGUUUCUGCUGUGCCUCUGCGUUCAGUAUUCCGCCUCCUAUUUGCGGCCCUCGGACCUGAGACGCCUCCUGCUGCAUCUUGCGAGUGAAAUUCAGAGCGCCGUUUGGGAGCAAACCAAGGAACUAGCUGCUUUUCAGAAGCAAGUCGACAAGGAUAUCAUCUCAGGACUGCUGCCCCUAGUGGUGUGGAUGUCAAACAGCCUGGAGAUACUCCAGUUCCUCCAGUAUCAGCUGCCUCUCAUCUUGGAGUGGAGAAGCUGUGAGGAGAAUGAAGAUGGAAGCGAAAAAGACGUGCUGGAGUUACAGCUGACCCGCGUGCGCUCAGCCAGUGAAGAAACAAUGGCAGCCCUGGAGGAGGUCAUCUUGCUUACCUUCCAGCAGUGUGUGUAUUACAUCACGAAGGUCCUGUACCCGAUCCUGCCGGGAUUUAUAGACUGCAACCCAUUCCAGGAGGGUCUUGAAGGUCACUCCCCGACUGGCAGCGGGCUGACGGUCCCGGAUGAAGUCCGGCGGGUUGCGGAGGUCCUGUCUGAGACUCAGAGACUACUGUUAGACUGUCAGCUCCACCCUGAGAUUUCCACACAGCUUGUUGCCUUCCUUUUCUACUUCAUCAAUGCAUCGCUUUUCAACUUACUCAUGGAGAGAGGCUCGGAGCCAGGUUUCUAUCAGCGGUCUACAGGGAUUCGCAUGCGGACCAAUUUCGACUGGCUCCUCAACUGCUCUCAGACAAUUGGAUUGGGAAAACUGGCUUUCAAGCACACGCGCACACUCUCAUCGGCUAUCAGUCUCCUUUCGACGCCAAGCGACAUUUUACUCCAGACCUCUUGGGCAUCGUUACGAUCGGACUUCCCUGCCCUGAAUGCAGCUCAGCUGAACCACCUGCUCAGUUUUUACAGCCCAGCAUGUCCCACCAGGCGCACACGGACUCCGUGUGCCCAGGACCGAACGGAAGCGUACGGAACUGAGGAUAUCCUGCAUAGUUUUGAUACCCACCAUCCUCUAGUGCUACCAGAUGGGGAUUACCAGUUCAUGGUGGGAAGGGAAGUGACAGAUUCAAGCUUGGUUGAACACUUCAACAAGCUCAAAGUGUUUAUUUUCAACCUCUCCAAUUUGCAGUCUGAUGGGGUCACAGCUACUGGCCAGCACCAGGGUGUCCCCAUGGAGACCAAAUCCAGACAGGAAACAAUGGCUGCAACACCAGUACAUAUGGUGUUAUCUCAGGCAACCGUCCAGACUCUACCAUCAUCCUCUAGUUCACCCCCCUCACCGUCCCUCCACUCCUCCAUCCAGUACCUGGAUGAGUUCAACUCCUGCGGUGCCCACCUUUUGUCCCAGAAGCUUCGGACUCUAGAGCUGCAAACAAGAGAGAUGGAGACCCCUGAUAUGAGGAGGUCAGCAUUGGACCCCUCCUGUCUCCUUACUCCACCAAACACCCCCCACAUCAUAGAUCCUGUUCAUUUGCCUAAAGAAGACCAAGACCAAGACACACAUCCUUGGUCCUCUGAUGUGGGUGCACAUGACGAAGGUGGCUUAAUGUUCGAAUGUCUAGCUGCACUUAAAGAUGACCAAUUUAAUCAAGAUUACACCAGUGUGAAAAGGAUUUUUGAACUCAUAGAGGAAGAGGAGGAGGAGGCAGAAGAGAUGAGCAACCACUUUGAUGACAACAAUGAUGAGAUCUUCAGUUUGGAGCUAGAGCGUGACAAAAGUGGUCUCGGUCUUGCUCUGGUUGACACGAGGGAGAUGUCAUUGAAGGUGAAAGGCAUCUUCAUCAGGGCAGUGGUUCCCAACACACCAGCAGCCCGCUGUGAGAAGCUGCAACCGGGAGACAGGAUCCUUGCUGUUAAUGGAGUCAGUCUGCUUGGCCCCCGCUGCCUGAGCGGCGAGGAGUUGAUGCAGUCAUCAGGUGACAGCCUGAGGUUACUAGUGGCCAGAUCCGAUUGGAUGGCCAAGGCCAUACAGACUGAAUGCUGACAGCGCGAAAAGCAUGCAAAUAAUUCGUUGCACACAUCCUGGAUCAUCUUUUCGAGACGUCAAAGAAUUGUGCCUCUGCUGACUUGAAUCGGAAGAGGGGAACGCUCAUAUUCGGCCCAAUGAUCAGCGUGCGUGUGAAACCCGGUGUUGCUUAUGUUCAGGCCCACUGUGACCACCGCAAUGGAGAACUGUUGCUUUUUAUGGGAAUUAUUAUGAUUGUUAUCCAGAAGACAAAAUGCACUCCAAUAAAAAUAUGUUCUCAUUAGAUUUAAAAGUAAGUUCA